CCCCGCCAAUAUACACUCCUUUCCGAUCUAGAAUCACGUUCUAUUAUCGGAUGAUAAAGUGGGGCUUUAAAAGCUACUGACAUCCAAAGUUCAUACUCUCUCUCACUCACUAUGAAUUCAGCCAGUUGACACGCUUUCCGUGCUUGAAAGCUCACACCAAGCCCACUCUUAUUGGCCAAGAGGGACAUCAACCUCCAUUCGGAUUGGUUACAGGGCGAGGCUUGCGUAUCACCGAAAGCUCACCGUUAACUACCAAAACGCCGGUUACCCCAAGAACCAGUGCUCCAAAGCUCCUCCUACCUUCCCAAUCGUCCAAGCACAUAAAGCGAGACAUCUUCUCGCUUCUUAUUUUAUAAACCCAAACACAUGACAAAGAUAGAUGCACUCUCAUGCUGAAGAGAGUGAGUGGUAUGUAGGUUAGAUAACCCUCUUUGCCAUACGAAUAAGAGAACGGAAAGAGAAUUCUUGAUGAGUUUUGAGACGAGAGGAUGUCAUCAUUGGUUGGGAGAGAAAAUUUGAUGAAAGAAGAUGUGGGGGGGGGUUUUGGGUAGAGCGCAACCACCAGAGGCAGACAGUGUCGCGAGCGUCAAACGGGAGGGAAUCGACACUUUUUCAAUGAGGGUGGACUGGGGAAGAGGGGACACACAUGAAACCCUUCGGGUCAUGUGCGUCAGAGGAAGACACUAAACUAUAACCAUAUUCUCGAAUCGGGGGCGGAGUGGCGCACUAAUUCGAAAAAUAAGUCUCAGAUGCGCGACAAGCACACUUGACCGAAGCACUUCUCAUCAGAAGGGUCCCAACUGGCAAAGAGUUGUUACAUCACAAUUAUUAACCACCUUCAAUCACAAAACCCUUUUCGUCAAUAAAUUAUCCUCAUCUUUAUUUUACAUCCUGAACAUUUUACCAUCUCAGAAUUUUACGUUUUUAAUAUUUUACCAUCCUUAAGUUUUAAGUCCUUAAUAUUUUAUCAUCUCUAAAUUUUACCAUCUCUAUAUUUUGCCCUCCAAUAUUUUACCAUCUCUAUAUUUUACCAUCUUAAUAUUUUACCUCUUUAUUAUUUUUCCAUAUCAAUAUUUUACUCUCUGAAUAUUCUACCAUCUCCAGAUUGUACCCUUUCCAUAUUUCAACAUCUCAAUAUUUUACCCUUUGAAUAUUCCGCCACCUCAAUAUUUUUCCAUCUCAGUAUUUUGCUAUAUCGUAAAAAUGGCUAAAUACCGUUAACUCUCUUGCCAAAAAUAAUUUCCCAAUCGUGUUUUUGCGCCUGUGAUACAAAACAAUUAGAACAAAUUAGCGGAAAAAAACAAACACUAUAGGAAAAAAGUGUUCGUUCGUUUCGUAAAAUAAGUGUGCGGACAAUGUUAAAGUGAGUGAAUGAAUAAAUGUUCUCCAAGGAUUAACAAACGAAAAUGGAUCAAACAGAGAAGAUGGAAAUUUCCGAUAAUGCAAAGGCUUCACAAUCAGUUCAACCGACUCCGUUUAGUAUAGCGGAUAUAUUAAGUAAGAGCACUAAUGGUCUUGCAGAAAGACGACACUCCACCUGUGAAAAUAAUCGUGAAUUUCUCAAGUCAAAUGAUGAUGGACAUGAGACAACAACGAGACAAAUUGAAUGUGCUAAUAGUGAGCAAGAUGUUCAUAUUUCACGUUUCUCAUCAUCGCGACUAUCGAGUCCUGAUCUCAAUAUGGCUAGAGAAUUAGAGAUCUUGAGGCGAAAUAUUGUUCACGCGAAUUUAACGAAUUUUGGUACACUACCUACGCAAAUUAAUCAUACGAAUUUUAAACACGUGGACACUAUGGGUAAUGUUGUACCUUAUACGGAAAGUAAGGAAGCGAGAUUUGGACAGAGGCAGCAGGAUGAGGCUCUUGAUAUGAGUAAAAGUAAAUAUCUCGAUGAUAUAGAGGAGGACAUUUACGAAUCACAAUCUCAUGGUUCGAGUCUUCAGGGACGAAAAAAGCGAAGUAGAGCUGCAUUUUCACACGCUCAAGUUUACGAGCUCGAAAGAAGAUUCGCUGCUCAAAAGUAUCUUUCCGGACCAGAAAGAGCGGAUCUAGCACGCGGUCUUAAACUCACCGAGACGCAAGUCAAAAUUUGGUUUCAAAAUCGACGAUAUAAAACCAAGAGACGACAACAGCAGGAACUUGGAACUUUGGUAAAUUCGGGAACCGCGAGACGUGUGGCUGUGAGAGUGUUGGUACAUCCGGACGAGCAUUUGAGAGGAUUACCACUUCGUGGUUCCGGACAAAUUCCGGGACAUCUCACGGGACCACAAAUUCAUCCCGCGAAUAAAGCCAUCAAUGGUUUCCCGUAUUAUUGUCUGCCCUAUCAUCCACUUUUGUGUUCGCCACUGCAUUCACCCCAAAUUCAAGUUCAAACAACAAUUCCCCUAAUGGAACACGAAUCUCGAGACACGCGAAUAUCAAAGAUAGAUAAUCAAAAGUAAAAAAAUGUUAAUAAAAGAAAAAUAAAUAAUAAAGAAAUAAGAUUCUCGAAAAUUUCCAGCAAAUCUUCUUUAUAAAUUCUUAGAUAUAAUAAAUCUCUGCGUGUAAUUUGUCAUCGUGUUUUAAAAAAAAAUCUAUGAAAAAUUGAUAAA